CCAGGUGCUGGAGCAGAGAUUCCCCUGCAGCCCAUGGUGCAGAUCAUGGUGAGGACGGUGUCCCUCAGAGCAGGUCCAUGGUGGAGCAAAUAUCCUCUGUGGAGCAGAUAUCCUGUGGAGGACCUCACCCUGGAGCAGGGGGAUGCCUGAAGGAGGCUGUGACCCUAUGGGAAGCCUGUGCUGGAGCAGGUUCCUGGCCUGUCUCCUGUGGGAGGCACCCCAUGCUGGACCAGGGGAAGAGCGUGAGAAAUCCUCCCCUGAGGAGGAAGGACUGGCAGAAGCAUGUCAGGAACUGACCAAAACUCCCAUUCCCCAUCCCCUUGUUCUACUGAAGGAGAGCAGAAAAAAAUAAAAUAAAAUGGAGAACAUGUUACUGCUGUUCAUAUUUUUCAUACCUAUAUUGGGUCUCAGUAAUGGAACAGAAACUGAACAAGAUUUUACUUGGCACUUAAAGAAGAUUCCCCAGAUUGUGAGAGAAAGAACUUUCUCCCUUGACAGCCCUAAAUUUGAAGCAAAAACCAACUUGGAGCUGAACAGUGUAUGUGGAAUUGAAUGUCAAAGAAAACUGCCAGUGCCAAGCUUGUCUGACUUGGAGAAGCUCUUAUCCUACGAGACUGUUUUUGAGAACGGCACACGGACCCUGACUGAAGUGAGCGUCCUCGGAGCAGUGCCUGACCCAGCUGCAAACACAACCAGGCGGGGGCUUGCGAGAAGGAAGAGGCAGAUAUACGGAACAGACAGCAGGUUCAGCAUCUAUGACAAGAGGUUUAUGACCAACUUUCCGUUCAACACAGCUGUGAAGAUCUCCACGGGCUGCAGCGGCAUUCUCGUUUCCCCCAGGCACGUGCUGACAGCAGCCCACUGUCUGCACAAUGGCAAGGAUUAUGUCAAGGGCAGCAAAAGGCUGAGGGUGGGGCUGAUGAAGACGAAAUCCAGAGGCAACGGCAGGAAACGCAAAGGUGCUAAAAGGAGCAGGAGAGAAACUCCUGCGCCCAAAGAGGAUCCCAAAGCUGCCGCAGGAUUAAGGCGACGAUCCAAAGGGGGUGAGAGAAAGCACAGGAGAUCUGGGAGGAAGCAAGGGGCCUCAGAUGGCAUGCCCUCCUUCCAGUGGACUCGGGUGAAGAGCACGCACAUCCCAAAAGGCUGGUUUAAGGGUGUCUCUGGGGACAUUGCCCUGGAUUAUGAUUAUGCUGUUCUUGAGCUCAAGCGUCCCCACAAAAGGAAAUACAUGGAGCUGGGAAUCAGCCCAACGAUCAAAAUGAUGCCUGGGAGCAUGAUCCACUUCUCAGGUUUUGACAAUGAUCGGUCUGGGCAGCUGGUCUAUAGAUUUUGUAGCAUUUCUGAUGAGUCCAAUGAUCUGUUUUAUCAGUACUGUGAUGCUGAGCCUGGCUCCACAGGAUCUGGCAUCUAUCUCCGCCUGAAGGAGCCAAACAAAAAGAAGUGGAAACGCAAGAUCAUCGCUGUUUUCUCAGGCCAUCAGUGGGUGGACAUCAACGGCGAACAGCAGGAUUACAAUGUAGCAGUACGAAUUACUCCUCUCAAGUAUGCCCAGAUUUGCUUCUGGAUACACGGGAAUGAUGAGAAUUGCACACAGGGCUGAAGAGAGUCCAGCCUGGCCUGCUUAGCACCCUCACUGCCAUAGAGUGGCCAACAGUGCCUGGAAGAACAUCACUCCACGCCAGAAUGUGCUUGAAUUCAAAGCUCACAAGUAGGGAUGCGGUGACUUAAGGAUUGCUGAAUUGCUGGGGGAGGGGUAGAAUUGUCAGACAAAAUAUUUCAAAUUGUAACCAACCUAGAUGCGCACUUAAAAUCCCAAACUGUAUUUAUGUUUGCAAUUGUGAUAAAUUCAAGUCAUUCAUGAGGAGAAAAAUGGCUGCAACUGUUAGUCAUUUUUUUCCCCAGGGGAAGGGUUGAAACAUCUCAAACUGGUGUUAUUAAACAGUAUCUAUUUUUUUUUCCAAUGAAUUUACUUUUCUCAGGGUUCUGUUCCAAUUCUUCAAAUGCGAGUUGUGCAUAUAGCACGUUACCGUAUGUGCAGAAUGAUCCAGAGAAUUGCAUGAGAGCAAGACGUUAUUCCGGCAUUCUCUAAAGACCAGAGGUCCACGUUGAGAAGCAGCACUAGAGUUAAUGAUUGCUGGUUUGGAAAACUUCCUCUUCUGGUUGCUGCAGGAACACUCCUGUGGAAAUUCCAAAUUUAUGUAGCUGAGGAUUACACCUUACAGACAAAUUCACUUCAUUGCUCAGUAAAAACAGCUAAAAUAAAUUAACAAACAAAAAUUUCCAUGUUUGGAAGAAGAAGACACACCUGGACAUAGUUUAAUGCCUUUAAAGGUUCUUUAAGAAGCUGUAGAAAUCUUAAACAUGUGCAUCUGCUUUCCAAUUAGUAUUUGGAGAGCUGUAGAUUUAGUUUCUAGUCAAAUGUUUAGCUUUACCAUUGGGAGAAGUCUCUGACUCCUGAAGUGGUUACUUGACAAUCAUUUGGAGCUUCAUAGAUGAUAUAUUUUUUGGGUGCUAAACAUUUCUUCAGUUUUUAUAAAUCACUUUUAUAUGAGUUCAGCUUCAUUGAUAGGAUAGUAUGUAUUAGACUGGGAGCUGAAAAUCAAUGUUUUAGUUUGGCUUUACAGUUUUGCAAAGUGUGUGGUUUUAAUCAUGCUACAUUCAGACUCCACCUCAACAUGAUUCACAGGGUUAACUAAACAUUUCUCCCAACUAAAUUAUAGCACCUUCUGAAUGGUAGAACUAUCCUGUGCAUUAUAAAAAGUGUCUUGUUAGAUAGCAGCAGUAGUUAGCGAAUAAUUUGGUUCAAUAUGUUUGCAGAACCAUGUAUUUAAUGAAGACACAAACUGAGCUUGACUUUUUCACACCUUUAAAUACAAACCACCUUCUUAAAAACUGUUGUUGAUUGCUAUAUAAGUCUAUAUAUUUUAUUUUAUGUCAAGAUUUUGAAGUACACAGAACUGUUAUGGUGCUACGUUAAUCUAAUAACAUAAAAAGAUACUGUGCCUUUCUGAUCAUAUCCUUUGGGUUUCAAUACUUGCAGAGUAUUCACCACCGUAAUAUUUAAAUUUUUUUACCAUAAAUUUAUGCUGACCAAAAUACAGUUUCUUCCUGUGCAGGAGAAAAAUAAUACAACAAGAUUUUAAAAUACUAUUUGAUUGUUGGAAUCUUUAAAGCAUGCUUGUAAUAUCUUUCAAUGAAGUAAGACAAUUUUAAAUAUCCCAUUUUUUUGGUAGAUGGUUGAAAGUAUAUAACCUGACACACUGAAUGUGCAGGCAACUUUGUCCUAUUAUUGCCAAAGCAUAAAAAUUUAAGACUUGCUUCCAUCUCAUAACCCUAACAAGAUUUCAUUUAUUGGAAGAAAUCUCUCUUUAAAGGAAACUACUUUUAAUGUCAACC